AUGGCUCUAUUCCAGUGCAGUAGAGUUGGGUUUUUCGCUCAUCUUCCUCUGGAUAAUAUACAGAUUUGUGACACGAAAGAAGAGCAAGAGCAACAAGGGAAAGUUGGGAUUGCCACCAGGGCCACUGUUAGGCAAUCUCCAUCUUCUAGGAAGCCUCCGCCACAAGAUAUGCUAAAUGCUGGAACAGAGACAUCUUCCACAAUUGUAGAAUGGGCAAUGACUGAGCUGCUGAGAAACCCUAAAGUAAUGGCAAGGGCCCAACAAGAGAUUGAAUUAGUUGUUGGGAGAGAUCGCAUCGUAAGGGAGAGUGAUCUUGUAAACUUAGAUUACUUGCAAUGUGUGGUGAAGGAAACACUUCGAUUACAUCCACCAGUGCCCUUGCUCUUGCUACACGAGUCCACCCAGGGUUGCAAUGUGGGAGGAUAUUACGUUCCACCAAAGACAAGGUUGUUCGUGAAUGCCUAG